AUGAGACCACCAUUUAGUUUCAUCCUCUUCUUCUUUUUUCACUCAAACUCGAACAGAAAAUUUCCAAUUUUAAUAGUUAGGUUUUAGUAGAGUUCUGUUUUAGGGAGACCUUAAAAAAUUCAGAAGCUUCUAAAAAAAGGAUAAACAUCAUCAAUGGAGAUUGCAACAAAACCAGGAGAUUCCAGAAACCCAUCUUCUACUUCUUCUUCAUCAGCUUCGUCUUCCAUUAACAAUGGAUCUUUACAUCACCACAUCAUCACCAGAUCCGAUCAUUAUCCGACAACUUUCGUUCAAGCAGACACUUCUUCUUUCAAACAAGUUGUCCAGAUGCUCACCGGAAGCUCCUCCCCAAGAUCCCCUGACUCGCCGCGUCCUCCGGUGACUCAUUCCGGCAAGGGUAAUUUCGUGAUUCCACCGAUCAAAACCGCACAACCGAAGAAACAUUCGGGAAACAAACUUUACGAGCGGAGAUCUCACGGCGGAUUUAACAACAACCUCAAGAACAGCCUCAUGAUUAAUACACUCAUGAUCGGCGGCGCAAACGGUGCCGGAAGCCCGAGAUUCUCGCCGAGAAGUCAGGAGAUUCUGUCGCCUAGCUGUCUUGAUUUCCCGAAGCUAGCACUGAACAGCCCCGUGACGCCGCUGAAACACGGCGGCGACGGAAACGACGGCGACCCUUUCGACAGGAUGUCGCCAUUGUCUGAGGAAGAGAGAGCCAUCUCCGAAAAAGGUUAUUACUUGCAUCGGUCGCCGAUUUCUACUCCGAGAGAAUCGGAGCCGCAACUUCUGCCUCUGUUCCCGGUGACUUCGCCGAGAGUAGUGCCGGAGAAGUAGAACUUGAGGAGAGACAAGAGAGAACGUUUUAUUAAUUUUACCGCGACUGUGAUUUUCGUUGUUAACUCUGCUCUGCUUUUUAAUCCUUGCUUCGUUUUACAGUUUACCAAAAUGUGUCAAUUAUUUAAAUAAAUAUAAGUGAAAUAUAUGAGAGGUCAAAGAUAAGAUA